AUGGCGAUUCACUACUUGAUUCUUCUCUCGAGACAGGGCAAAGUCCGCCUUGCAAAAUGGUUUACCACAUUAUCACCCAAGGAGAAGGCCAAGAUUGUCAAGGAUGUAUCGCAACUCGUGCUGGCUAGGCGGACGCGGAUGUGUAAUUUCCUCGAAUACAAAGAUACCAAGAUCGUCUAUCGUCGAUAUGCAUCCCUCUUCUUCAUCGCCGGCUGCUCGUCAGAAGAUAACGAACUCAUCACACUCGAGAUUAUCCACCGAUACGUAGAGCAGAUGGACAAGUACUACGGAAACGUAUGCGAACUCGACAUCAUCUUUUCCUUCACCAAGGCGUACUACAUUCUAGACGAGCUCCUGCUCGCGGGCGAGCUACAGGAGAGCAGCAAGAAGAAUGUGCUCCGGUGCAUAUCACAACAGGACUCUUUAGAAGAUAUGGAGGUCGAGGAUGAGGUCACCAAGAUCAUGUAA